CAUACUUAGGUUAGGGCCCCUAGGCACAUUAUCUAGGGAAUAAAAUUGGAGUAGUAUAGGAAGGUUUAUAAACUGCAUUCAACUCAAUGUUAUUCUGUAUUGUUUGUGUUUGUUUAAUAACAGAAUUGGAUUUGAAAUGUACUAUCCACAAUGAAGAAUAAAAAAGGACAUCAAACACGACGUCAAAAAAUUGCAGUAAAAGAAGCUGAAGCUCAAAGUUUAGUAGAAAAAGCUAAUUCGAUUCAAAAUCCACUUGAAACUUUACCAAACUAUCAUUCAUAUACUGCAAAAAAUGGUGUGACAUAUGAUUUAAAAUGUCAAAAAGUUCAAGACUUAGCUCCUGAAUUAUUAUCUUGGAUUUUUGAUCUUAUGGAGCGUAAUAUGAAAUCAUUUUAUCAACGAUCUAGUUGGGGUUGGAAUGAAAAUGCGAAGCACAAUGAAUUAACAGAACCCACAGCUCGUUAUUUAAUAGCAUUUCAUUCUAAUGAACCAGUUGGAUUUUCACAUUUUCGUUUUGAUUUAGAUGAUAAAAUACAAGUUCUUUACUGUUAUGAGCUGCAACUAGAACCAAGAGUAGUAAAGCAAGGCCUUGGGCGAUUUAUGAUGGAUACUCUUGCAGCUUUAGCGAAUCAAAGUCUUAUGAAAAAAGUUGUUCUCACAGUUUUAAAACAUAAUCCUAACGCCAGAGAAUUUUUCAAACACUUGGGUUAUAAAGUGGACAAGACAAAUCCUCCUGAUUGGGAGAAUCUCGAUUAUGAAAUUUUAAGUAAAGAAAAUAAAUGAUACUGUGAAUACUAUUUCAAUCACUAUGAUUUAUGUAUUUGAAUAUUUUGAAAAAUACUAU